CCCGCGCACGCCCCGCCUCAGUCCCGCGACCAGAACCCCCGGCGAAGCUACCCGGAGCACCCGGAGUUCUGAGACCCAUCGCUCGGGGUCCGCAGUGUCCGUCGCGUCCCGGGCGGGCAUGGAGCGGCCCGGCUGAGCGCCGCACCCAGCCGCCGAGACCUGCCAGUCUGAGUCACCCUUCUGCCGCGGCCCCGGUGCGCACGGGCGAUGGCGAAGGCGACGGCCAGCGCCGCGGGGCUGCGGUUCCUGCUGCUGCUGCCACUGCUCGGUGAAGCCCCACUGGGACUCUACUUUGCCCGGGAUGCUUACUGGGAGAAGCUGUUCGUGGACCAGCCAGCUGGCACGCCCCUGCUCUACGUCCACGCCCUGAGGGACAUCCCCGAGGAAGUGCCCAGCUUCCGGCUGGGUCAGCACCUGUAUGGCGCCUACCGCACUCGGCUGCAUGAGAACAUCUGGAUCCGCAUCCAUGAGGACACGGGGCUUCUGUACCUGAACCAGAGCCUGGACCACAGCUCCUGGGAGAAACUCAGUGUUCGCAAUGGCGGCUUCCCCCUGCUCACCAUCUACCUCCAGGUCUUCCUGUUGCCUACGUCCGUGCGAGAAGGCGAGUGCCAGUGGCCUGGCUGUGCCCGUGUGUACUUUUCCUUCAUCAACACCUCUUUUCCUGCUUGUGACUCCCUCAAAUCCCGGGAGCUCUGCUUCCCGGAGAGAGGCCUCGCCUUUCGCAUUCGGGAAAACAAGCCUCCCGGCACCUUCCACCAGUUCCGCCUGCUCCCCGUGCACUUCUUCUGCCCCAACAUCAGCGUGGCCUACAAGCUCCCGGGAGGUGAGAGCCCCUUCCGCUGCAACCCGGACAGCCUGGAGGUGAGCACGCGCUGGGCCCUGGAUCGUGAACGGCAGGAAAAGUACGACCUGGUAGCUUCGUGCACCGUGCGCGUGGGCGCGCGUGAGGAGCAGGUGAUGGUGCCCUUCCCGGUGACCGUGUAUGACGAGGACGACUCCGCGCCCACCUUCCUGGGCGGCGUUGACACCGCCAGCGCAGUGGUGGAGUUCAAGAGGAAGGAGGGCACUGGGUUGGCCACGCUACGUGUCUUUGAUGCAGAUGUGGUGCCAGCAUCUGGGGAGCUCCUGAGGCGGUACACAAGCACGCUGCUCACUGGGGACGCCUGGGUCCAGCAGACCUUUCGCGUGGAGCACGCCCCCAACGAGACCUUGGUCCAGGCCAACGGCAGCUUCGUGCGAGCGACCGUGCAUGACUACAGGCUGGUUCUCAACCGCAGCCUCCCCAUUUCGGAGAGCCGGGCCCUGCAGCUGACUGUGCUGGUCAACGACUCGGACUUCCAGGGCCCAGGCGAGGGCGUCCUCCUGCUCCACUUCAACGUGUCUGUGCUGCCCGUCAGCCUGCGCCUGCCCAGCUCCUACUCCUUCACUGUGAGCAGGCAGGCUGGCCAGUUUGCCCAGAUUGGGAAAGUGUGUGUGGAAAACUGCCAGGAGUUCAGUGGCAUCCACAUGCAGUACCGGCUGCAGCUCCCCAGCCCCAACUGCAGCGCCCUGGGCGUGGUCACUUCCACUGAGGACUCCUCGGGGAUUCUGUUCGUGAACGACACAGAGGCGCUGCGGCGGCCCGAGUGUACCCAGCUCCAGUACACGGUGGUGGCCGCCGACCGGCCCACCCGCAGGCAGGCCCAGGCCCCACUGCUGGUGACCGUGGAGGGGACGUAUGUGGCCGAGGAGCCGGGCUGCCCCACAUCCUGUGCCGUCAGCAAGAGGAAGCCUGAGUGUGAGGAGUGUGGUGGCCUGGGCUCUCUGACGGGCAGGUGCGAGUGGAGACAGGGAGACGGCAAAGGAAUCACCAGGAACUUCUCUACCUGCUCCCCCAGCAUCAAGACCUGUCCCGAUGGCCACUGUGAUGCCGUGGAGAGCAGAGACGCCAACAUCUGCCCCCAGGACUGCCUCCGGGGCGGCGACAUCAUUGGUGGGCACGAGCCUGGGGAACGGCGUGGCAUUAAAGCUGGCUUUGGCAUCUGCAACUGCUUCCCCAAGGAUAAGAAGUGCUUCUGUGAACCGGAAGACAGCCAGGACCCGCUGUGUGAUGAACUCUGCCGCACGGUGAUCGCGGCGGCCGUCCUCUUCUCCUUCAUCGUGUCCGUCCUGCUGUCCACCUUCUGCAUUCACCGCUACCAUAAGAACGCCCACAAGCCACCCAUUGCCUCCGCUGAGAUGACCUUCCGCCGGCCCACCCAGGCCUUCCCUGUCAGCUACUCCUCCUCUGGCGCCCGCCGACCCUCGCUGGACUCCAUGGAGAACCAGGUCUCAGUGGACGCCUUCAAGAUCCCGGAGGAUCCAAAGUGGGAAUUCCCUCGGAAGAAUUUGAUACUUGGAAAAACUCUGGGAGAAGGUGAAUUUGGAAAAGUGGUCCAGGCAACAGCCUUCCGGCUGAAAGGCAAAGCUGGGUACACGACUGUGGCCGUGAAGAUGCUGAAAGAGAAUGCCUCCCCAAGCGAGCUGCGGGACCUACUGUCAGAGUUCAACCUGCUGAAGCAGGUCAACCAUCCACAAGUCAUCAAGCUGUAUGGAGCCUGUAGCCAGGACGGGCCGCUCCUCCUCAUUGUGGAGUACGCCAAGUAUGGUUCCCUGAGGGGCUUCCUUCGAGAAAGCCGCAAGGCAGGGCCCGGCUACGUGGGCAGCCGGGGCAGCCGCAACUCCAGCUACUUGGACAACCCAGAUGAGCGGGCCCUGACAAUGGGCGACCUCAUCUCCUUCGCCUGGCAGAUCUCUCGGGGGAUGCAGUACCUGGCCGAGAUGAAGCUCGUCCAUCGGGACUUGGCAGCCAGAAACGUCCUAGUAGCUGAAGGGCGGAAAAUGAAGAUUUCAGAUUUUGGCCUCUCCCGAGACGUUUAUGAAGAGGACUCCUAUGUGAAGAGGAGCAAGGGUCGGAUCCCAGUCAAAUGGAUGGCAAUUGAGUCCCUUUUCGAUCAUAUCUACACCACCCAAAGUGACGUGUGGUCCUUCGGUGUCCUAUUGUGGGAGAUUGUGACCCUGGGUGGCAACCCCUAUCCUGGGAUUCCUCCGGAGCGGCUCUUCAACCUUCUGAAGACAGGCUACCGGAUGGAGCGUCCUGACAACUGCAGCGAGGAGAUGUACGGUCUGAUGCUGCAGUGUUGGAAGCAGGAACCAGACAAGAGGCCAGUGUUUGCCGAUAUCAGCAAAGACCUGGAGAAGAUGAUGGUUAAGAGCAGAGACUACUUGGACCUGGCUGCGUCCACCCCAUCUGACUCCCUGCUUUAUGAUGACGGCCUCUCAGAGGAGGAGACACCCCUGGUGGACUGUAAUAAUGCUCCCCUCCCUCGAACCCUCCCCUCCACGUGGAUUGAAAACAAACUCUAUGGCAUGUCAGACCCGAACUGGCCUGAAGAGAGUCCUGUACCACUCACGAGAGCCGAUGGCACUAACACUGGGUGUCCACGAUAUGCAAAUGAUAGUGUAUAUGCUAACUGGAUGGUUUCACCCUCAGCGGCACAAUUAAUGGACGCAUUUGAUAGCUAACAUUUCUUUGUGCAAGGUAAUGGACUCACAAGGGAAGAAACCUGCACUUCACACUGGCUGGCGAUUUUCCCUCCUAGCAGAGAUAGCGCACUGGAUGAGAGUCCUGAGUUCAGUGUUUAGGUCUUCCCUUCUCUACGGCCCUCGGCGGCGCCAGGGUGGUCUGGAUUCAUCCGUGACCACCAGUCACUCUGCUCACACGUGUGGGUCCCUCACUAACUACCUGAACUGUUUGAUUUCUCUGGUCCCCACCAGAGAAGGCAACAAGAUUUAAACACAAAGCACACACACAUGCACACACGCACUCGCAAAGGCAGCAGGAAAAAUAAAGGCCAAAUUGACCUGUUCUUGUUCAAAUUGAGAGCCUGAGAGCUGGGCAAGACCUUGUAGCAGUGUCAUAGCUCUACCAAGGUGGAGGGGAAGGGGCAGCCUCCAGACAGGCCUUGGCUCAGCAUCUGAAAACCAGUUUUGUAAAAUCAUGUAGCCUUUUCUUAGCAAGACAUUUGAUUUUCAUCAUGAUUAAGAUGAUUCUUAGAUUUAGCACAAUGGAGAGAUCUGAUGCCAUAUUUGCUAUGUAGAAGGGUGAUGUGGAGGGAGUGGGUUCACAAGACACAUUUGUCCCUAUCACUGAGAGAUCACUGCUCCAGUGAGGAAAAAAGUAUGAAGCAUAGGGGUGUUCCAGGAGCGUGACCUCCAGUGCAGAGACUGCAGACAGCAGAGACCUGGCUACGACUCUCAACUCCAGCAGCCCUCUGUGCACCCCACGUCCAGGGCCAGAAAAGCGGUGACUCAUUCCACAUAUUAGAAUAGGGUGGGGCCUGUGCUCCUUUUGAAGGAACAGUUCAGUUAGUUAUGUUAAAAGUCGCACUGAAUAUGACCAAGAAUUGCUACACCUCUGAUUACAAUUCUAAUGUGGAAAAGUGUGGUUUGGCUCUUAUAGAGCUUAUGUGAAAAGGUACAUGUAUCAACUCCUCUUGUGUUUGUAACUUAAUGCUGCUAGACAUUUCUGUUUCUUAGAUUCUGACUAUGACUCAUAGUUUCUUGUCAUUCUUCACCGCUCGUUUGUGGUCACACAUACUCGGCCCUCCUCCCAUCACGUGGGAGUGGUUUUUGGGAAGUCCUGGCGCUCUUCCGUCUGUUACAACUUUGCAGCAGAGGUCUGGUUACCAAACUGCCUGGUCUUAAGACUUAAAGCACUGUGAAAGUAGUCUCUUUAAAAUGCUGUAUUUUGCAGGCAUUUCACAAAAGCCGUAAAAUGACAGUAUUUUGUGUGGCCAAGAAGGCUUGGGUCGUAUGUGUGGGAGACUCAUGAAGUGUGUUGUGCGCACACAUCAUGUGUAUACAGAGAGAGAGAGAGCUGGAGAAACAGUUACUAGAGAUGUAUUAAAUGUAGCUUUAGUGUGGGCCAUUUUUUCAGAAUACACUGUGAUAAUUUACAAAUAUAUCGUUGUGGUAAACUUUUGGUUUUCAGAUGUGCUUAAUGAUAGUCUUGUUAAAUGCAGGAAAAAAAA